AUGGUGUAUCUAUUUCCUCCGCGCUAUGUUUACUUCCCCUCAAGGCCUACCCAUACGUCGACCGUCAUUCUCCUUCAUGGCAGAGGCAGCAACGGACCUGAACUGGCCUCGGAGCUAGUCUCGUCCGUCACCUCGUCUGGGAAAACCAUCUUCGAGCAUUUCCCUUCAUGCCGAUGGGUUUUUCCUUCUGCCAGGCCGCGGUGGUCCAAACGUUUCCAAGAAACGCUAACGGAAUGGUUCGACUCGGAUACGUUGGAAGACUAUAACCAGGAGAGCAAUAGCAACAACAACAGCAGCAUCGGCGGCAACGAACACACCCUCGCGGCGAUGACCGAACUCGCACAGACCGUGGAGUACAUUCUCCGCAUUCUAAACGAAGAAGUCGUUCGGCUAGGAGGCAAUCCCGAACGGGUGAUUCUAGGCGGGCUGAGCCAAGGGAUGGCGGUGGCGGUAAUUGCAUUGAUCUGCGCACGGCAGAGCAUUGGCGGGUUCAUGGGGGUUAUGGGUUGGCUUCCUCUUUCGACGAGGGUAGAAGCAGUUCUCAAUCAGUUGCAAUCGCAGGAGAUGGCGACCGAUGACCCUCAAUCGAUACAACAGCAAGAGUAUACGCCCCCCAAACCGAUAUCCCACACGCCCAUCUUUCUCAGCCACGGCGAAGAUGACCAAUGGGUCGAUGUGAGCUUGGGAGAAAAAGCCUCGGAGCUUCUCGUCCGCCUCGGCUUCGACAAUCUCAUAUGGCGUACUUAUUCCGGCGCCGAGGUAGAAGGUCACUGGAUCAAGGAGCCGGAACAGUUCGACGCCAUGGUGGAGUUCUUGCAGACGGUGCUGGGGUCCGAGUCUGAAGAUGAACAGUCGUAG